AUGAAAUACCGUGGCGAAGACACCCUGACCCUGAUAGGUGACCGCAACGUGAUACGUGAGGGUUGCACCAUCAACGCAGGCACGGUGCAAGACAUCGGCAAGACGGUAGUGGGCAGCGACAACUGGAUUAUGGCCUAUGUUCACAUCGCGCACGAUUGUGUGCUGGGCGACCACAUCAUUAUCGCCAACUACACGGGGCUGGCAGGCCAUGUGCGGCUGGAUGACUGGGUGGUGUUGGGAGGUCAAUCUGGUAUUUACCAGCGCGUACGCAUGGGUGCGCACAGUAUGUGCGGCUUUCAGGCACACGCCGGGCAAGAUGUGCCGCCCUUUGUCACCGCAGGCGGUAACCCUUACCGUGCGCUGAUGGUGAACCAGGAAGGGUUGAAACGGCGCGGCUUUAGUGAAGAACGCAUUAAUCGCAUCAAACAAAUGUACCGUCUGCUUUAUCGCCAAGGGCUGACGCUGGCGCAGGCAACGGAAGAAAUUGCCGCUCUGCCUGCGGAUGAUGAAGCCGGCAAAGGUGACAUCGCCAUGAUGGUA